GAUUAUCUUGUCUCCUACAAAGUGCAGUUCGCUCACAGAGAGCUUUCGGUCUUUUUUUAUAUAAGAGAACUAACUAACUUCCCAGUUCAAAACUGACAUUUGAACCUGCAUGGUAGUAACGUUUUGUUUUGCCAUUUUCGAUUCGUCCAUCACAGGAAUAUCACAAGAUCGUACGUACAUUGGUGAGAAAAUGGCUGCAAACUUGAUAUUUGUUUCUUGCUCUGUUCUUGCCUUGGCAUUUUGGGUCGCUUUCCUAGGACUUUCCUUGUACAUUGCCUACAGUCGGAAGAGAUACAGUCACAUUCCUCACCCAGAACCUCUUUAUUUUUUCAGUGGUAAUCUCCAGCUAUUGAAGGAUGUUGGUGAUGGUGAGACAUGGUGUACAGUCUUAUCUGACUGGAGCAAGAAACUCGGUCCAGUGUACUGUCUUCAUACCUAUACCAGUACUGUCAUUAUUUGUGAAGACUCGUCAGUGUUCAAGGAACUUCUUUCGAAAAGUAAGUAUUUAAAGGCACCGGAUAUGUACCGUGCCUUUAGGUUUUUGUACGGAGCCAGGGCAUUUGGAAAUGGUCUUCUUUGUGAAACGAACCACGAGGCCUGGAUGAAAAAACGUGCUAUCUUUAACCAUGCAUUCCAUCGGAGAUAUCUAAUGGGUUUGAUGAAUGAAUUCAAUAUCUGUGGGGAUAAACUGGUCAACCAUUUGAUCCCGUCAAGUGACGGUAGAACAGAAGUCGCCAUGUCCGAGGAAUUUGCAAGAGUCACAAUGGAAAUUAUUGCAAGGGUUGGAUUUGGAAUGGACGAUGACAUCAUUGGGAACCCGGAUUCUCCUCUUUGUCAACUCUUUCCAAAGAUUCUUCAUGGCAUGCAAUCAGUUUACAAUGCCCCGCUCCUCAAGUACAGCAUUUUACCAAAAGACAUCAAAUACAGAAGAGAAGUCAGAGAAGCGAUGAAAGACUUGCGAGAAAUGGCUCGGAGAUGCAUUCAGGCCCGUAUGGACGCUCUUAACCAAGGCGAUGAAGUUCCGCAGAACAUUCUAACCUACAUUCUGCAGGAGUCGAACAAUCUUAAGGGAAUUGAAAACUUCGACAUAGAAGAUAUGAUUGAUCAGUUCUUGACUUUCUUCGCAGCUGGAGAAGACACGACUUCCAAUCUGCUUUCUUUCACCUUUCUCCAUCUUGGAAGAAACCCUGAAAUUAUGAAAAAACUCCGUGAUGAAGUGGAUGCGAUAUUAAAAGGAAAGGACUAUGUUGAGUACUCAGAUAUAACCCAGAUGCAGUAUCUUACACUGGUUUUGAAGGAGUCCCUACGAAUAACUCCUCCUGGAAGUAUGUUAAACAGAAUUUUACCCCAUGAAAUGGAUCUCUGUGGAUAUAAGGUUCCUAAAGACACAAUAGUCCUUUUGCCAAUUUAUGGAAUAGGUAGAAACGAAAAGUACUUCAAAAAUCCAGAUACAUUUGAUCCAGAGAGAUUCACAAGAGAUGAAGACAGCCCAUUGUUUGCCUACGUACCAUUUUCAAUGGGUAGUCGGUCCUGCAUUGGUCAGACAUUUGCUAUGAUGGAAGCCAAGGUGAUCAUGUGUAAGCUGAUCAAGCAGUUAGAAUUCCAGCUUGUACCAAACCAAAACUUCAAGUUCACAGAAACCAUCACUCUCAAACCAAAAGAUGGCUGCAGAAAUUACAUCACAAAGAGAAAGCUGUGACGUCAUAAUGAGAAAGCAAUGGCAUCGUAUUGAGGAACUUUGACAUCACAAAGAUAAAGCUCUGACGUCAGAGACCCCGUCGUUCUAAAGGAAACUUUAUUAUACAUUGAUACAAGUUCCUCAAAAAGACUGAAAUGAGAUUUUGUGCGAGUAAAAUUGCCUUGGUUGGUUGUACAUGUAGACCUAUAGACUAAAUAAUUGUUUAUACGUUUUAACAUCAUAAUUUCAUGGAAUUGUUUUUAAUACACACGGUUUAUUGCUUGCUUCCUGAAAAUAUUCAAACAUUAUGGCACUCUUCAGAUGUGUGAAGAAAAUGUCUGUAUCUUGGAUUUACUACAACUCAAAAGUAUUCACGACAAAACAUGUAUUUUGUGUAUCUCAAUUCAUUUUUACGAGUAUUUUGAUACGUAAGGCUAAUUUGAAUAAAUAUCGGUUGCAUUUUGCUCGAAGAAAUCUCAUUUCCAACUUCCUAUUUUGUGUGUGGUCUCUUCUAUGUGCUACAGUAACAGUUUAAGUGGUUUUGUGUGAUGUCUUUGGAUUGCAACUGGGGAAAGAUAAACACAUAAUAAUUACGAAGCCGAUGUCGGUAGAUCAACCAAGCCUUCGAAAAAUUGGCAAAAUCGAAAAAUAUA